UCAUCUUACGUCACUAAUGUGCGCUCGUAAAGCAAGAGCGAAGGGCACUCUUCUCCCGGUCCGGUAUUAACGUGAAGCUCUAAAACGUCGCUAAAUUUUCUACUUUGACAGAUUUUGGAGUCAGAUCAUGAAUAUUUGCCGACACUUAUGUUUGCAACCCCAGCGUGUCAUGUGAGCUAGCGUCGUGUUGAGGAACAAGGUGACGGAGAAAUUACUUUCCUGAGGAACAUUUGUUCUAUCGACCUUCCACGUUGCUACGUUCAGAAUGUAAUAACCGCUGCAUGCGGAGAAUUUGUGAACAUCCAGGAUGACAUCGGAGGCUGCUGCUGCUCCUGCUGCUACUGCUACUGUCUCCACACCUUCAGCCUUAAGCAGCACUCCAGUCCGAGUAGACUACUACUGGCUCCGCUCCUUUGUUGCAGGAGGUGUCGCAGGAUGCUGUGCCAAGACUACAAUCGCUCCUCUAGACCGAGUAAAGAUUCUGCUUCAGGCCCAGAAUCCCCACUAUAAACACCUGGGCGUGUUUUCCACUCUAAAGGCCGUCCCAAAAAAAGAAGGCUACCGUGGCUUGUAUAAGGGCAAUGGAGCUAUGAUGGUGAGGAUAUUUCCUUAUGGCGCAAUCCAGUUCAUGGCCUUCGACAAUUAUAAAAAGUUGCUCAAUAAACAACUUGGGAUCUCCGGACCUAUUCAUCGCCUAAUGGCUGGAUCCAUGGCAGGUAUGACAGCGGUGAUAUGCACCUAUCCACUGGAUGUCGUUCGAGCCAGACUUGCUUUCCAGGUGACUGGGUAUCAUCGCUACACUGGAAUCGCCAAUGCCUUCCACACCAUCUAUCUGAAGGAGGGGGGAUUCUCGGGCUUCUACCGGGGACUCACCCCAACCCUCAUUGGAAUGGCCCCUUACGCAGGUUUCUCCUUCUUCACCUUCGGGACUUUGAAAAGCCUCGGCUUGAAACAUUUCCCAGAGACGCUGGGACGGCCGUCCUCGGACAACCCUGACGUCCUGGUUCUUAAAACCAAAGUCAACCUGCUGUGUGGAGGCAUCGCCGGUGCCAUCGCUCAGACGAUAUCCUAUCCCUUGGAUGUGGCAAGGAGAAGAAUGCAGCUCGGUUCUGUGCUUCCUGACGCGCACAAGUGUGUCUCCCUGAGCAAGACUCUGUCCUACGUCUACACCGAGUACGGCAUCAAGAACGGCCUGUACCGAGGCCUCUCGCUCAACUACAUCCGCUGCGUGCCCUCUCAGGCUGUGGCCUUCACAACCUACGAAUUCAUGAAGCAACUCCUCCACCUCAACUAGAGGCCGCGUCACUCAUCCGACUCGGGCGGAUGCUUGCUCGGUAUGUCUUAAACUCCUCAGAGCGGAGUGAAUCUUGUUAUGCUGUGUGCGGCGGGAAAGACUUUUCCCCAAAUUAUUGUACCACAGUGGUGCUUCGACUUAAGAUUUUAAUUUGUUCCGAACAACAAAAUGUUUGUAAUGUGUUUUUUUAUUACGAAAAAAACUGUCCUCUGAUGUAUUGUACUUGAUGAAAACAUAGAAUGUAAAAGAAUCAAACUAAACGAUAUUUGCAUCAUGAUUUAGUGCUUAAAUUCCUUGGCCACUAGGGGGCAUCAUAGAUACAUGAGAAGAAAACAAUCAGCUGCAGACGGGGAUAAAGAAUAUAUGCUCAUGAGUGUUGUCAUUAUAUUUCAAUUAUUUACUUUUUACAAUUCUCACAGAUUGAUGCGAGUUUCGUUAGCCCCUUUUGGGCCUUUUGCAUUGUGUUAGCAUUUUGCUAGGUGGCUUACAUGAGUUGAGUGGUUUGUUUGAAUACACUACGUACAGUGAGUCUGUUUUAUGUUUAGUCUUAUAUUACGUUUCAACAAGGACAAAUUUUUGCUAGCAACUCCACACAAAAAAAUCCAAGCGGCGGCUUAUGUGCUGAAAAACUCCUAAGUCAGGCUACCGUUUUAUACAACAGGCAGCUGGAAACAAGCGUAACACGAGCAAAUGAUCGACUGUAGCAAACAACAUAAAAUCCACACAUUUUAUUGUAUUUUUGUUAUGAGUUUGAUACACUGGAAGCUGAUUAAAUGUUUGCAGUAUUUAUGAUUCAGGGCUUUAUAAAUGUGUAAAGGGUGCAAGUGCUAUAGUUGCCUUGUCUUGUCUACAAACAGUAUACUCCUUUUUUUAAACAAUGUCUCUUAAAAUAAUGUUUGAUGCCAAACUUUGAAUAGAACAGUAUCAUGAUUUGUUUUGUCACGCACACGGAUGUUGUGCAUAUAAUCACCUGCAAUUCCAGGAUCACCGUACAUAUAGAUUUUCGUACGUGCUAUGAUUUUUCUUGUUGACGUCUAUAUUUGGAUCUGUGAUGAAUGUACUAGAUCCGACAUGUCCGCGUCGGGCGAUGGUCUGAAAGGUGGAAAAAUUGCACUUUUAUCGGUUUACUUCUGUUAUUUAUUGACUUAGCUACAUGCUGCUACUGAGUGGCGACUUUGCUUACAGAAAUUAUGUGGUUUACAGUUGUAGCUGGAGAAAGUCAUGCAAAUAAAACAGAGUAUAUGUACCGUA